ACCCUUGUGCACUUCAAAAACGUACCACAGACCACAGAGAGGAACACACGUACUCACGCCACAUCGCCUCUUCCACCAAGCCACCACCAGCUCCACUCUCUCGCCACAAGUCAGAAAUGGCCUCCUCCCAAACGAGCCACGUCUCACUUGCACUGGUUUCGGUGUUUCUGCUGAGCCUCGUCGCACACGGCUCCUCCGCGGGCGCCAGCAGGAAGCUGUUGGAGCUGUACCGGCCACAGCCGAGCGAGCUCCUGACGUACCACAACGGCGCCGUGCUGCAGGGCAGCAUCCCCGUCUCCAUCCUCUGGUACGGCCACUUCACGCCGGCGCAGAAGGCCGUCGUCUCCGACUUCCUCCUCUCCCUCACCACCAAUUCCCAAACUCCUUCCCCCUCCGUCUCCCAAUGGUGGAACACCAUCAAUAAUCUCUACCUCUCCAAAACCAACGGCGCACACGCUAGCAUCAACACCCAAGUGACUCUCGCUCGCCAAAUCACCGACGACAAGUGUUCUCUCGGGAAGAACCUCAAGCUCUCGAACAUCCCCGAGCUGGCGGCCAAGGCCAAGCCCAACAAGGGCGGGAUCGCGCUGGUGCUGACCGCGGAAGACGUGGCCAUGGAGGGCUUCUGCAUGAGCCGGUGCGGGCUACACGGGUCGGACACGGCAGCCCAGACGGCCCACGUCUGGGCCGGCAACGCCGCGGCCCAGUGCCCCGGCCAGUGCGCGUGGCCGUUCCACAAGCCCGUCUACGGGCCCCAGGCGCCGGCGCUGGUGCCGCCCAGCGGCGACGUCGGGAUGGACGGCGUGGUGAUGAACGUCGCCAGCAUGAUCGCCGGCGCCGUGACCAACCCGUUCGGAGAUGGGUUCUACCAGGGACCCAGGGAGGCGCCGCUGGAGGCCGCCACGGCGUGCCCCGGGGUUUAUGGCAGCGGCGCGUACCCUGGGUAUGCUGGGAACCUGGCCGUGGAUGGCGUUACGGGGGCGAGUUACAACGCUAAUGGAGCUCGUGGGAGACGGUUCUUGCUUCCCGCGCUGUUCGACCCUGCAACGUCUACUUGUUCGACCUUGGUGUGAACGAGUUGGUUGCUGUAGCAUGGUGCAAUCUGUAACUCUGUAAGGAUUAUGUAGUGCUCUGUACUAUGUGUAUAUACGAGGGAGUUCUGUGAAGAUGAUGAUCGGAACAUGUGCUCUGUUUUCAAAUA